UUAUUCAUUGGUGAAUACAUAAAAAAGAACACGUGCGUAUAAAGCUGUUUAAGUUAAUAUUAAUAUAAUAUACAGUAGAUUAGAAUAAAUAAAUGUUUCUUCAGAGUAUUAAAUUAUUAAAAACAUGUUUAAAGUGGAAACCAUCUAGUAUUACUUACAAUGUUUCAUUACGACGUAUGAUGAGUGAUAUUAAAGAUAACCACAUAGUUUGGAUAGAUAUGGAGAUGACAGGAUUAGAUAUAGAAACAUGUCACAUUUUAGAAAUAAGUUGUUUAAUUACUGAUAAUAAUUUAAAAAUCAUAACCGAUCCCUUGAAUAUUGUAUUAAAUCAACCAGAUUCUAUUUUAAAUAAUAUGAAUGAUUGGUGUAAAACACAUCAUGCAAAAACGAAAUUAAUUGAAGACGUUCAAAAUAGUAAAAUUUUCUUAAAAGAUGCUGAACAAAUUGUAUUAAAAUUUUUGAAAUACUAUAUUCCAAAAGGAAAAUGCCCUUUGGCUGGUAAUUCUGUUUACAUGGAUCGUUUAUUUUUAAACAAAUACAUGCCAUUAGUUAAUGACUAUUUACAUUAUAGAAUUAUAGAUGUUAGCUCCAUUAAAGAAUUAGUAAGGAGAUGGAAUCCAGAAAUUUAUAAUUCUUGUCCUCCAAAAACAUUGAAGCACAGAGCUACUUCUGAUAUUAUAGAGAGUAUACAAGAAUUAACUUAUUAUAAAGAUCAUAUAUUUUUAUCACAAAAUUCUAAGGACAAUUUUUAAAACGAAUAUGUAUAGAAUUAUUUUAAAUUAAUAUUUCACAAUAUUUCCAUCUAAAA